AUGAAGAUCGCCAUCCAGUCGCCCGAGAUCGCCUCGGUGUCGCUGCACAAGAGCAUUCCCACCCAUCUCCAUCUCUACGUGCUCCCCUUCCUCUCGCUCUACCCUGUCUGGGCCUAUGCCUACUUCUUGAAGUACGACGAGUGGGUCAAGUCCGAAGAGUGGACCUUUGUCUUUACGGUCCUUCUCGUCUCUGGUCACGCGCUUAGCUUCCUCGUCACAAAAUGGAGCAUUGCCGCCAAGGUGCUCACCACCUGCGUCAAUGCCAAGGGUCUCGAGGAUGCCGAGCUCGUCCGAAUCCACCCUCUCAUGCACAAGGGCGAAGGCGCCAUCGUCUCGCUCGAUCGUGUAGAGCGACCCAACCUCCCCAUCGAAAUCUCGUUCACCUACCAAGCCGACAAGUAUAUCCUCGCUACUCCUGACGCCUCCGCUGCACCUACCGACAUCUUUGUCUCACCGCUUAUCAAGGAACCCACCUUCCGUCGUCUGCCCUACCCUGCCGACGCAAAGCCGCCACUGUCGCAAUUCCAGUCCUACCGUGGCUUCAAAUCCGAGAAGGAUGUCGAGCUUGCCCUCGGCACCUUUGGCAAGAAUGAGCUCGAUAUUCCCAAGCCCAAGUUCGUUGACCUCUUCCUCGAACAUGCCGUCGCUCCCUUCUUCGUCUUCCAGGUGUUCUGCGUCGGUCUCUGGAUGCUCGACGAAUACUGGUACUACUCGCUCUUCACACUCUUCAUGCUCGUCGUGUUCGAGUGCACCGUCGUCUUCCAGAGAUUGCGCACACUGAGCGAAUUCAGGACCAUGUCGAUCCAGCCUUACAAGAUCUGGGUCUAUCGAGCCGGCAAGUGGACCGAGAUGAUGACCUCGGACCUCCUCCCCGGCGAUCUCGUGUCGAUCGAUCGCUCCAAGGAAGACUCGGCCACUCCCUGCGACUUGCUGCUUGUUGCCGGCUCGACCAUCGUCAACGAGGCCAUGCUUUCGGGUGAGAGUACUCCUUUGCUCAAGGAAAACAUUGAGCUGCGCGACAGCAAGGACAUCCUCGACGUCAACGGCGCCGACCGCAACAACGUCGUCUUUGGUGGCACAAAGGUGCUCCAGACCACCGCACCUGAAGCCGACAGCAGCUACGCCAAGAUUCGCGCUCCCGACAAUGGCGCUCUCGGCGUCGUCCUCCGCACCGGUUUCGGAACCUCGCAGGGUCAGCUCAUCCGUCUCAUGGUCUUCCAGAACGAGUCCCGCGUCACCGCAAACAACCUCGAAAGCUUCGUGUUCAUCGGUUUCCUUCUCAUCUUUGCCAUCGCUGCCAGUGGAUACGUGUGGGUACGCGGUACCGAGAUGGAACGACCCAAGGGCAAGCUGUUGCUCGACUGCGUGCUCAUCAUCACCUCGGUGGUGCCGCCCGAGCUGCCUAUGGAGCUAUCCAUGGCCGUCAACGCUUCGCUCAUGGCCUUGGCCAAGUAUGCCAUCUUCUGUACCGAGCCUUUCCGCAUUCCUUAUGCUGGUCGCGUCGAUGUCUGCUGCUUUGACAAGACAGGUACCAUUACGGGCGAGGAUCUCGAGGUGCAAGGUGUGGUCAACUGCUCGCCCAGCGGCGACUCGCCGUUGAUUCCGCUCAAGGAAGCUUCCGCCGAGACGACGUUGACGCUUGCUUCCGCGCACGCCCUCGUGUUGCUUGAGGACGGUCUUGUCGGAGACCCGAUGGAGAAGACGACCCUGGAAGCUAUGGACUGGAAGCUCAACAAGGGCGACAUGCUGACUCCUACCGAUCCCAAGGCCGGCCCACACCGAUUUGGCGUUCAGGUCCGCCGUCGAUUCCAGUUCUCGUCUGCACUCAAACGUAUGUCGACCGUCAACCAUGUUAUCGACCAGACCGGUAACCGCCGUGUCAUGAUCGCAGUCAAAGGUGCACCCGAGACACUCAAGACCAUGUUUGCUCAGCUUCCCGCCCACUACGACGAGACAUACAAGGGUUUCACCCGCCGUGGAUCGCGUGUGCUCGCGCUCGGGUACCGCUUCGUCGACAAUGUCUCGGCCAACGACACCAACGCCAUCAACGCUUUGCAGAGAGACCAGGUGGAAGCGGACCUCAAGUUUGCCGGGUUCCUCGUCUUCCACUGCCCUCUCAAGCCGGACGCUAUCGAGUCGCUCAAGCAGCUCAACGACUCUUCGCACCGCUGCAUCAUGAUCACGGGAGACAACCCGCUGACCGCUGUGCACGUUGCUACCCAGGUUGAGAUUGUGGACCGCCAGACGCUGAUUUUGGAUGUUCGCGAGGGCGCUUCGUCGGAGCAAGAUCUGGUUUGGCGAUCGGUUGACGAGGUGGUCAUCAUCCCCAUCAAAGCAUCUGAGCCCAUCGACACCAAGCUCUUCGACCAAUACGACAUCUGCAUCACGGGCGUGGCCAUGAAGCAGUAUCAGGACAACGCCGUCGCGUGGAACCAGCUCGUCCAGAACACUUGGGUCUACGCGCGUGUCUCUCCCUCGCAGAAGGAGUUCAUCCUCAACUCGCUCAAGUCGCUCGGCUACAUCACGCUCAUGGCCGGAGACGGUACGAACGACGUCGGCGCGCUGAAAGCGGCCAACAUCGGCGUUGCUCUUCUCGACGGAACUCAGGAGGAUUUGGUUAAGAUCGCAGAGCAUCAGAAGAUGGAGCGCAUGAAGAAGGUGUACGAAUCGCAGCUGUCGCUGACGGCGCGAUUCGGACAGCCGCCUCCGCCCGUCCCACCGAUGCUGAAGGACAAGUUCCCCGAACUCGAGAAGGCGAGGGACGAAGCGCUGGCCAAGAUGAACACCGCACGGACCACGGACAAGAAGGCCAAGUUUGAUUUGUCGGCGAUCACGUCUUCGAUGGCGGACGCGGAUAUCGACGAUGGACCGCCGCAGAUUCGACUGGGAGAUGCGUCUGUUGCAGCGCCGUUUACGUCCAAGCUGUCCAACGUUUCGUCGAUCAUUGCCAUCAUUCGACAGGGCAGGUGUACCUUGGUGGCGACGAUCCAGAUGUACAAGAUCCUGGCGUUGAAUUGUCUGAUCCAGGCGUACUCGUUGUCAGUGUUGUAUCUGGAUGGGAUCAAGUUUGGAGAUUACCAGGUGACCAUCUCCGGUAUGUUGGCGUCGGUGUGCUUCUUGUGCAUUUCUCGAGGACAGCCUAUCGAGAAGUUGUCCAAGGAGAGACCGGUUGCCAACAUUCUCAACGCUUACGUGUUUGGAUCGAUCCUGACGCAGACGGCGUUGCACAUUGGAAGCAUGUACUACAUCCAAUCGCUUUCGGUGCAGUACGAGUCGUUGGAUGAGGUCAUCGAUCUGGAAGCCAAGUUCUCCCCGUCCUUGCUCAACACAGGAGUGUACCUUCUCGGUCUCAGUCAGACGAUUUCCACCUUUGCGGUCAACUACAUCGGACGACCCUGGAGGGAAUCCAUCAGAGAGAACAAGUACCUCUACUACGGACUGGUCAGUGUAGGCGGUAUCGCGAUCGCGGGAGCUACGGAGUUCAUGCCAGAGCUGAACGAGUGGUUGCAGCUGGUCAAGAUGCAGAGUGGAUACCAGGUGAGGCUGGUGGCGGUGAUGACGGUGGACUUCUUGGGAAGCUAUGUGCUGGAGAGCUUUUGGUCGUUGUUCGCGGAUGUCAAGCCGAAGGAGUUGGUGACGAGGGGAUCGGAGAGGAGGAUCGAGAGGAGGAAGAGGGAGACGGUGGAGAAGAGGAUCGAGGAGGAGAAGCAGGCGGAGAAGAAGGAUCUGUAA